GGAACAUGCUUACGUGGAAAUCUCACUUAUCAGAUCAAUUAACCAACACUUAACUUCCAACAUUAUACUCAAUUUGUAACUUUUAUCAAAGCUUCUUCAAAAUGUCAUCCGAACAUAAUUAUACUCAUGCGGCGCCUUACAGCAAUGCUUGGUCCGUAGAUUCUCACGCGGACAAUGGUACCAAAAAAAGCAAAAGUACCGUAUCUACAAGUCCCUUAGUCUAACCGAAUUAAGCCAAAACCUCGGCUAAGUUCCACUUGUUCAAAUGUUUGUUUGCGGUACCGCGUGAUUCAAUAUUCUGGUUCGUUCUUGGGAAGCUGCGCUGCUCAGCUAGACAUCCUAGUCACUGAAGCUAGGCAUUCAAAGAUGCCUCGGUUCCCCAGACGAACUAAGGGUCUACUGUGCUAUUCAGCCAUACGAGAUGCUACGGACCGUCUGUUCUACCCCAAUUUCCACCAACUCCACUGUCCAUCAAUGAAAUUCCCCUUGCCGCCCGCUUUGCCGAAAUCUUGUGAUUCAACUUGACUUUCUUUUUCUUUUUUAGAAUUGAUUUUUCCGUUAUAUAUACCACUCUAUUAUUUCUGAAGUUCUGGGACCAACCCCCCCAAGACAAAUAUACGAAAUUCUUUGCCUUAUAGUCGCAUAAUCAUUUAAUAGAGUCAAUAUGGCAUCACCACAGAGAAUUCGAACACCCAUCACCGAUCUUUUCGGGAUCAACCAUCCAAUCCUCCUGGCUGGUAUGAAUGUUGCUGCUGGUCCCAAGCUAGCAGCAGCUGUCACAAAUGCUGGCGGUCUCGGUGUUAUUGGAGGCAUGUCAUACAGCCCGAGCAUGCUAAAGGAACAAAUCGACGAGUUGAAAUCUUACUUACACGAUAAGAAUGCGCCCUUCGGUAUUGACCUAUUACUGCCACAAGUUGGUGGUAAUGCUAGGAAAACAAAUUACGAUUACACGAAAGGCAAGCUUAACGAAUUAGUCGACAUAAUCAUCGAAUCGGGAGCUAAGCUCUUCGUCUCCGCGGUUGGCGUACCACCCAAAUCUGUCGUCGACAAGUUGCACAAGCACGGCAUUUACUACAUGAACAUGGUUGGACACCCUAAGCACGUACAGAAGGCGCUAGAUAUUGGAUGCGACAUUAUCUGCGCGCAAGGUGGUGAGGGUGGUGGUCACACAGGAGAUGUCCCGACAACUGUCCUAAUCCCCGCCUGCGUGCAAAUCUGCAAGGGAAAGAAGAGCCCCGUUUCAGGAAAGCAGGUUCAAGUCAUUGCCGCCGGUGGUAUCCAUAACGGUCAGUUGCUAGCUGCCUCGCUCAUGAUGGGCGCAGGCGCCGUCUGGGUUGGUACCCGAUUCAUCCUGGUCGACGAAGCUGGAGCACCUGAAUCGCACAAGGAAUCAGUAAGGACUGCUGGAUUCAACGACACUAUCCGAACACUCAUCUUUACCGGACGUCCGUUACGAGUGCGAAAGAACCCGUAUAUCGAGAACUGGGAAACUGAGCGUCAAGCCGAGAUUAGGGAAUUAACUGCUAAGGGAAUUCUUCCCUACGAACACGACCUUGAGAAGGUUGCGAACGGCACAGGCUCAGGCUCCGGCGAUGGUGCCAGCGAUGAGGACAUAGAUGAUGCGAUGGACCAAUUCCGACCAUACCUAAUGGGUAAAUGCGCCGCCCUAGUCAACGAACAAAAGAGCGCAAAGGCCGUUGUGGAUGAGUUCAUUGAAGACGCUUCAGCGAUGUUGAAGGAAGGCACCAAGAUGGUGUCGAAGUUGUAGAGAUAUUUGAUGGAAAUUUUUGCGAAGCGCAACGUGAUUGUAUCGAUAUAUUAGGUAUUUCAAAUUGGGUAUGACUGCCAACCCGCUAGCCACCACAAGCCUACCACGACAAUAGGCAAUUGAUUUUUUUUUUCUUUAAUUAAAAGAAUAGAGAUUCGACUGAAGGCGAAAAUUCAUAUUCCAUUUUUAGAUUUGCAGCGGAGCCUCUGCUCAUCAUCUCACCUCCCUUGCUCACACAGAUCCCUGCCCCACGUGGUGUAAGUAAAUAGUACCCUUACGUCACCACUCGUUGUUACAUGUGAGCAUGCAUAUUUGAUAUCACCAUUUCUAAAAAGGUGUGGAUGUGACCUCACUGCUGCGAAUAAUCCAAUAUUAAUUCUCUAUCCUUUUU